AUGGAGGCCUACAGGGCUUACACUCCUAUUGAUCCUGAGGCGUCAGAAAAUCAACGAGCAAUAAACAUCGCCUUCAUGACCCAGUCUGCUCCUGAUAUCUGGAAGAAAUUGCAAAAGUUGGAAGGCUUUGAAGCUAAAGAGGAAGGUAAUGCUCUGUGUUUUUGUCGAGCAAAACUCCCCAGUUAUAUUAAUCGUCAAGCAAAUCCCCCCCUCCCCGCCACUUUGUUGAACAUCCAGACAACAAAGCUGCCUUCAGGAGUUGGUCAGAAGCCCGAGGAAUGACCAGGACUCCUAGAAUGUAUGUACGCCAACCUCCAGCUUCAGGUCCAGCUUGCCCAACAACAGAAGGCUAUUUUGGAAAACUUGCAAGCAUCACUGUCACAACAGGCUCCUGGGAGGGAAAGUGAGAAUUCUUCUCUUCCAGUCUUAUAUUGUAAUCUGUUGUUAAAUCACCUGCCCCAGUUCCAUAAAUGA